CUUGGCGGCAUCUCACUUGACACCCCCUCCGUUUGGCUGAACCAACGGCAUUCCCGAUCGCACAUCGUCUGUCUCGCUCUGCCGUUUCUUUCCGCUGCUUUCCUUUCCUUUCCUUUCCGUCACCCGCUCGCAUCUGUCCAUCCACGCACCAAUGGACUCGUCCUCUGCCUUCCUCUCCGAUGCCGCGGCCAAACCACCGCAGUUCUUCACGCUGCCUGGAUCAUCUCCCACCCCGGCCCAUCACCUGGUGUCGUCCUCCCUCGGCAUGCUCCAGCCGCCCAUCUCGCCAAAGCUCCAACGACCCAUCUCGCCAAAGCUGCAGCCGUCCUUCCUCUUGCAUUCGCCACUGCUCAACACACCCGUCGAUCCCCUGUCGGCUCGUUUCUUUGGUGUCCGAGAAAACGGCAUGGCCAUGCCUGAGCUUUCGCUUGACGCUGGCUCCGUCAUGGCCACAAAGCCCGAGCUCGGCCCGCCUGGCGACUUUGAGAGCAUCUCGAUCCCGUGUCCCAUGUCGCCGUCGCUGCUGACCUUGCAGGAUAUCAAUGUCACCUCGGACUCGCAGAUCCUCUGUCGGGAAGAAUACGAGCUCUUCAGCGAGUUUCUGGACCUGAUCGGCUCUGCCAACUCGGCCAAUACCACCCCGGUUCUGUCCAACAGCUUCCUCGAUCCUGCCCAUAUCAGCCAAGUCAUGGCCACCGACGGCUCGGCGCCUUUCUCGACCCCGCUCAAAACAUCUGGCUCGCUGCCAGUGCCGUUUGCACCGUCAGGCCCUGGUCUCGUCUCAAAGUCUUCGCAACUUGCCUGGAACGCCCAGACACCGACAGCCCCGUGGCCGAUGCUGCCAGACAACUCCACAUUCUCUGGCCAGCCCAAUGCAUCCAAUCCCAUGUCGCUUGCCCAGUCUCGCUCCAAUGCCCACCUCGACUCCAUUACCCUCACCCAACCGUACGAAUCCAUGAAGCAACACAUGUUCCAGCCGGACCCCUUCAAGUCGUUCCAGCAGCGCCUCAACCACUUUGCCCAGCAGCUUGCGCCGCAGGUCCAGACUCCCUCACUCAUGACCGAUGCUUUCCAGGGUCUCAGCAGCUCGAUCCACCAGCCAGCCCAGAACCCGUCGCUGGGUCCUGGCAUGGGCUUUGGCGUUGCUGGGGAUAAGCCCUACUCGGGCGACGUAUCCUCCGGCAUCUCGUCGCUGGUUUCGGCCUUUGGCUCGGACAUGUCCCAUUCGGGCACCUCGUCCUCCAUGAACUCGUCUCAAUCACUAUACCUUGUCCCGCAAUCUCCGCAAGAUCCCAGUCCACUGCAACCGCUGCUGGACCACAUCAACACCCUCAAGGGCAGCCAAGACUCUCUGUCAUCUGUGCUGCCUUCCGCAUCCAGCCCGCAUUCGUCGUCUGCCCUGCAAAUGUCCCAGCCACAGCCCCCGCGACGGACAUAUGUCAAGCGGAAAGUCACCGAUCCGCAAGCCAAGACGACCAAGAGGCUCAAGUCGGUCUCGCCGCCGGCAUCAUCAUCAAACGACAACGGCGACAAGCUCUCCGAGACCGAGUCAUCGCUGCCCGAGACUCCGGACGGCACGGCUGUCAAGCCCGAGUCUGUCGACGGAGCCGCAGAUUUCCUGGAUGACGGUCUGAAGAAGAAGGACGGAGCCUCGCGCAAGCGGCGGGAGCUCCUCACCGAGCAGGAGAAAAAGUUCAACCACAUCAUGUCGGAACAGCGGCGACGAAACUUGAUUCGCGAAGGCUUCGAGACUCUGAACCAGAUCGUUCCGGGCCUGAAGGAAGGCAGCAGCAAGAGCACCAUUCUGAACCGCACGGUCGAGUUCACCAAGGAGCUCGAGACAGAGAACAUGGAGCUGCUCAAGACCCUGCACACGCUGCAGAACCAGCUCCAGCUCAACCGCUUCCGCUCCAGCUUGGCAGCGCCCCAGUUUGGCCGGGUCGGAGGUGCGCUUGCCCCACAAGGCUUCGACGGGAUGGUCUCGACUCUGCCGGCCUUUGGCAGCAUGGAUAUCCCGGUCUCCGGCGAAAAGUCAUGGAUUCACUCGACGCUGUAGCCAGCCCGGCAAAUGCCAUGCCGCCUGGGCAACGGGUGCCCUGUCCGACUGCCGGGGCUGGAUUGCUUGUCCGAGGAGCCGGCUGGCGUGUUGUCCGACGAUCCUGAUACGAUGGUGCUGAGUCUGCUGCUGGCCAGGACGAGAUAGAGAAGCGCGACAAUUGUUAGACGAUGCAUUAUAUGUUGAUAUGUACAUCUAUGUUGGUAAUCAUCAGUGCCCCCCUUCCUUCCUUUCC